AACUCAUCUGAUUUUAAUAUAUUGAUCCCUAACAUUCUAAAUCGAAUAAAACUUCGCAGACACUUUCAUGAAUACGUAUGUUUCCUUAUAUUUUGCCUCUAUUUCUUCAUAUUUUAUAAUUAAACUGAUUCUAAUUCUUAUUAUUUUUAUAUAGAACAGCAAUAAGACAGUCGAUUUAAUUUAUACAAGUACCAAUACAGAGAGUGAUAUAAAUAAUGAUAUAAAUAAUUCAAUUAUUGUCGAUUUAAUAAAUCUUCCAGAAAAAAACUGAAAAUGCUAUUGUCAUCGAAGAUAGUGAUUACCAAAGUGUGAAUUCUUUAAUCGAAAAUAAAGAAAGACAACCGUGUGAACUACCUAUAAAAAAAAUAAAACCCAAUAUCAGAACAGUAGAAUUCGAUUUAAAGGAAAUAUGAUCAAAAACUGCUUUCGGUAAUUAUCUGGUGCUAAUAAAUGAACACGGAGGAAAUAUUACAUCUCAAUGCCAAUCUAUUUUAUGUGAUAUAAUUAUAUCAUACUUUUUGAAUUUAAAUAUCAGAACACUCCGAAACGAAGAUUUUGCCAAAAUUACAGAAGAAAUAAUCGAGUUAUUUCCAAAAGAAUGUAAAGAAACUUAUUAUAUGCCACUUAUACGAAAAAAAUAUUCGAGAAAUGAUAAAUCUGGUAUCUCAAGAGGAAAAUUAGUCGAUAAAUAUUGUAAUUCAUUAAAAUUUAUCCGUUCUGCUGAAAAACUGAAAAAUAAUAAUCACAUUGAACAAAAUGUUGCCAUUGUAAGCCAAGGUAUUAAUAUUUUGUAUUAAGAUUAAUAAUGGAAAUUUUGAAAAAUAUAAAACUAGUCCAAUAAAUGCUUACUUUUUUUAUGCUUCUCAGCUGACGACCUACAAAUUGCAGAACAAAAUAGAAUUUGGCUAAUCCAUAAUCAGAAACCACAGGAAGAAGUUAAUCAAAAAUGGGAUGCAUCAUAUAUAUUACGCGUUGAGGAUUGCGCUAGUAAAAUAUAUAAAAAUAUUAACGAUAUAUUUGUCAAGUGGCCUAUAUUAAAAUUGGAUUCUUCUUAUGUAUUGGUAUAUAUCUUAAAAUUAUAAAAAAAUAAGAAAAAUUAUAUAAUAAAAAGAUUUCAAUGUGUUAUGUUGAACACAAACGAAAUUACUGUUACUAUAAACAAUUAUAAACAAAAUACUAUAAUUUUCUGUAUUGAAAACUUAAUUUAUUAAAAAUGGGGUGCCAAGUUCACAUAGAUAUAAAUAUUUCUAUUUGUUCUUAUAGAUUGAAAGAGAUUUUGAUAGAAAAUUCCCUGACUGUAAAGAACAAUUAAUGAAAUCUUGGAACGUAAAUUUUGAGAAAUUUUUCAAUUAUUUUAAAAAAAGUCUAUCUACUGGCGAUAGCAUUUAUGAAACUUUAAUGAAUGCACAGUCUCUAAAAUUGGAUUCGAAAACGGCUCUUGAAAUAUGGCUUUUAACAAGUGUUGUAGCCCCUAAGUCAAAUAAAAUUACUUUUAAAAUUGAAAAUCGCCGAACAGAAAACAAGAAAAGAAUGUGGAAACCUACAAUCUCGGAAAGUCAGGAAGAAAUUCUAGUACACUGCAAAGUAUCUGGAGAUAUUGAAAAAAUAUGUCAGGACAAACAAAAUAAAAUGCUUCAAAUGAACCUUACGAUGCAACCUUUUAUAAUCGUCGUUGGACCAGAAAUAACCGCAAUCGAAAAUGUAUACAUCCGACUCGAUAAAACAUUGUAUUCUAUGCCGACGGUAUUAAAAGCAUUGGAUGUACUCUUCAAGAUUUUUGCAACAUUUAAUGCAUGUUAUCCCAAAGAAUGUGAAAAUAUAUGGUACUUAAUUCAGUGGAGAAUUUAUGAGAUUCACACGAUUUGGGACGAGAACAUUUCUUUUCUGUGUAGUGCAUUAAAUAAAAUAAAAAGAGGUUAG